UUUAACAAGCCAGACGUACUGUGUGCUUCGUUGAGUCAUGUUCCGCCAGCAUAAUACUCGGCACAGAUAUUUGAUCAUCUCCGGAUAUUGAUGAUCCCGAGCUAUCUAUAUCAAAGAGCUAUUCUGUAUACAGAAAAAUCUUCCCGCGCACAAGGCAGCACAAUGAAAUGGCAGAUUGUCUACGUCACUCUGUUACUCGCAUGCAGGCUGUUAAGUAUCGUGAAAUGUUCAAGCUGCGAAGACAACCUGAAAAAACGUGUUUACUGCACUAAACGCGGUUUCGUACGCCAAAACAUGUGCCCCCGUGUCGCAUAUUUGUCCUGCAGCCCCGGGACAUGGCCGUGCGCGUGCAAUGAAACGCUCUACAGGAGUUCAGAUGGAGCCUGUGUCCCACUAAAAAAGUGUGAUCCAAUAUAUAGUACGCGGAAGCCGAGAACUACAAAGUUCCCGCGCGGUACUUAUAUUCCAGGAGGAGCCGUGAAGGUUCUUCAAAACUGGAAAAGACUUGUGCGAGUUGCAACAUCAACAAAGCGAUGGCUUGGAAAUGACUGCUUCUGUAUGGACUCAGAUCACGUUGCUGAUUUUCCACCCCGAAAUGUCGUCCGCACGGUAUCGUGCAAAAUGUACAGUAAAUUUGGGAAAUUCAACAGCGCAAUGGUGAAACUUACUGCACAAAUUAUGUUCGAGCUUGACGUCGAAGAUGGCGUCACAUGUAUUUCACCUAAGAAGAUACAAAUCCGCUACCAGUAGAAUUCCGUUCGAGAUUCCAAAGAAAUUGAAUGUGCUUUAUGCCAAUGGUGAUUGCAUUGUGUUACAGUUCACUGGAACAAAGAAGGACCAAGAAAUAUGCUCACUUUGGGGGCCACAGAACGCAAGCGGAGUAAACGAGCAAGUCUGCUUUGAUACCUUCAACAGAGAUUGCCCAGGCGAAAAAACUAUAUCAUAUCUGCACCAUCGUGAUCGCUGCAACCUACAUGACAAGCUGGCUCAAACAUAUGGCAAAAAAGGUGGCAGCAAAUAAACAAGGUACCCUAAA